AUGGCGGCAACCCGAAGCGCGGUCAUCUCCGCUGCCACCAUCGUUGCGCCGCCCGGCUUUGGCAGGCGCCGUCUUGCCCCCUGCCUUGCGGCGCCUGCACGAGGCGCAUCAGGAGUCGCCGCGUCCGCCUCCGCCUCCGGGAAGGUGCCCCCGCGCUCUGCCCUGCAUGCCAGCGCCUCCCCCUCCUCCACCACCGGGGCGCCCGACUCCGACGAGGCCGCUGCGUUCCUUGUGCAGGAAUCUUUGGUGGAAGCGGAGCUGAGCAAACUCGCCUGCCCAAUCUGCUAUUACCCGCUCGUAAGCUCGAUAGAUCAUCAGUCAGCGCCAUCCAAAUCCGAUUCUAGCCUUGAAUGUUCUACUUGCAAGAAAUUGUACUCUAAGGAUGAUUACUGGGAUCUGACUGUGGCAGUUGGUUCUACUGAGUACUCGGAGACCAUGCCUGCUGCAACUGAGCUUUUCAGGACUCAACUGGUAUCAUUUCUUUAUGAGAGAGGAUGGCGCCAAAAUUUCAUGUGGGGUGGUUUCCCAGGCUUAGAGAAAGAGUUUGAGAUGGCUAAGGAUUAUUUGAAGCCAAAAAGUGGAGGGAUUAUAAUUGAUGCAAGCUGUGGAAGUGGGUUAUUUUCAAGAUUAUUUGUUAAAAGCGAACUAUAUUGCCUUGUUGUGGCACUAGAUUUCUCAGAGAAUAUGUUGAAGCAAUGCAAGGAAUUCAUCAAGCAGGAAAACAUUUCAGACGAACGAUUAGUAUUGGUGAGAGCUGAUAUAUCCAGACUCCCUUUUGUGAGUGGCUCAAUUGAUGCUCUGCAUGCAGGUGCUGCAAUUCAUUGUUGGCCAUCCCCAGCUUGUGCUGUUGCAGAAAUCAGUCGAGUCCUCCGCCCUGGGGGUGUUUUUGUUGGUUCUACUUUCAUAGCAGAUGUUCUUCCACCAGUAAUCCCAUUACUGAGGAUUGGACGCCCGUACAUUGAUCAAAUCACAGGCAAUAAUACCUUCUUAUCAGAGCUGGAGCUUGAAGAUCUUUGUAGUGCAUGUGGGCUGGUUAAUUUUACAUUUGUCAGAAAUGGAUUCUAUAUAAUGUUCUCUGCUACUAAAGCAAGCUAG